AUGGCAGAAACAGACGGUCAGCCCUCCACCCCCACAGAGCGUCGCUCCGUCUCGCGCGGUCGAGAAGCAUUCGUGCGUCCCAUUCAUGACUCGCGAGAUUCGCUCCCUAACUCGUCCCUCUACCAGUCGUCCGGCCGCGGCGGCGUUGGCAACAUUCGUAGACCAUCUACCGACCCUGCAAGUCCUCCUCCGCCGAGCGAACCUCUAUCCCCCGUGCGCGGACGCGAAACACAUGUAGACCCCGAGCGCCUCAAAUCCACCGGUCGCGGUGGCAUGGGCAACAUCCGCUCAGGGUCGCAAGCACGCAAUGCCUCCGUAGUCCCCGAGAACCAUCCCCAGACUGCAUCCCUUGUAAGUGACCAAGCGGCUAGUGUCGCCGAAUACGAGCGCAGCGUGGUCGAGCGGAAUGAAGACCUCAUGAACGCCCGCGCGGUACGCAUAUACCGUUCCUCCGGACGCGGUGGCCUCGGAAACAUCACAGGAGGCUCCAAGUCUCGCUCUCGCUCUCGCGUUCCCGUGACGUCCACUGGACGUGGGGGUGCAGGCAACCUGCAGUCGGGUGUGCAGCUAGACUCUGAGUUGCUCGCCCAGAUGGACGACGAAGAGCGUUUGAGGUACCUCCACGAAGAGGGGAUACACUCCACCGGUCGCGGCGGACGCGCAAAUAUCACAGCUAUGCACAGCCCACCCCUGGAGCCGGCCUCCCCUCACCCCCACGAAUACGAGACAACGGGCCGCGGCGGCGCAGGCAACAUCGUCCGCUCGAGGUCGGCUUCCCGCGAUCCCUCCCAGAGUCGCAGCCGCAGCACGUCCAGAACACCCUCGAAGGAUCGCGGUAGCAGCCUCGCCCGCAUCCUCAACAAGGUCGGCAUUCACCCUCCCAAGGACGGCGAAGACCCCGAGCACAUGCGACCCGUGACCGAGCUCACGGAGCCCCGUGUGCACGAAUAA